CCUCUUCAUUUUAUCCUCCGGCGAAAACGAAACACAGUUUUUUUUUCUUCUUUCCCCCAAUUAAAUCUACUAAUGAUUGCUUCCGCCGUAGCUCCGCCGGCGGCAGCUUUUAGUUCCGGCAAUUGGUACCGUGGGGACAGAGUUUCAUUUCUCAAUCGGUUUUCUUCCGGUUUACCUUCAGCUUCCAGAAAGUUCUUCCCUACGACGGCCAUCUUUCAUCCGAUCGAAAAGAAAGUCGUAUCAUUACCUGAUUUCGCGGAAAUUGAAAAAAUCGAUACUCUGCCAUCAACUUUCGAAGAUAUAUUCAUCCCAAAACCGAAGGCAUCAUCGUUCCGGAAUGCACCAAAAAAGGAAAAGAAUCCGAAACGGCUUAGCAGUAGUGCGGCCCAGAGGAAUUUACUUCUCCCGGUUCUUCGAUACCCGCUCACCACCGAGUCUGCUAUGAAGGCAAUUUUGGAACACAACACGUUGGUUUUUGUUGUGGACGAGCGUGCGGACAAAAACAGCAUCAAAGACACCGUUCAGAAUGUCUUUAACGUGAGGGCUAAAAAGGUAAAUACCGCAAUUACCCCUGACGGUACGAAGAAGGCUUUUAUUAUGCUGGCAUCCGGUUUUAGUGCCUUGGAUGUGGCGAAGAAGAUCAAAAUCUUGUGAUUUUUUUUUUUUUAAUUUGUGCGCGUGUUUGUAUGAGUAUGUUCGAAAUUCGGAUAAAUUUUAUUCGUGAUUUUAAGGUUGUAUCAUUAUUGUUGUGAAUCGUAAUUGUCUCCUCUCAGGGUGUUUUUCGUUUGA